AUGUGCAAGGAAAAAAAGAAAGAAAAAAAAGCCCAAAGACAUGUUUCGCGAAACAACCAACAACUGUUCGUUGGGGUCAGAAAGCCACAAACUGAACAAUAUUUAAAGGGACUUAAUGAAGCUUCUGCAAUAGAUAUUAGAACUACUUGUUUUUUAAUUAAACGUCAGUGUAAUGUUGAGCUGCAAUCUUUGCCUUAG